CACAAGCUUAGCCAUGACGAUGAGGAAGCGCCCCUCGUCCUCUCUUCUCGUAGCACCGCUGCUGUUUAUGCUUCUUCCAGCGUUUGCUCUUGCUGCGGGGAGGCACAACCUGAUCACUAGAGACCCUCAGUACGGCCCACAGGUAAACCCAAAUCUAGAACCACUUCCAGGAAAACAGCCAGAUCCAAACCCUCAACCACUACCAGACCCACAACCAUUGCCAGAACCACGACCAGACCCAAAGCCGCAACCGCUACCCGAGCCUAAACCUCAUACAAACCCACAACCACUGCCAGAGCCACAACCUGAUCCAAACACUCAACCAUUACCAGGACCACACCCUGACCUGAAUCCACAACCAUUGUCGGGCCAAAACCUGCAACGGUUGAUGAACCCACAACCUAACCCAAACUCGCGGCCACUACCAGAUCCACGGCCAAACCCAAACCCUCGGCCAUUACCAGGACCGCAGCCUGAUCCAAACCCACAACCAUUACCAGACCCAAACCCGAAACCAUUGCCAAACCCACAGCCAAACCCAAACCCUCAGCCAUUACCAGGACCACAACCUAAUCCAAACCCACAACCAUUACCAGACCCAAACCCAAAGCCAUUACCUGGACCGCAACCUGAUCCAAACCCAGAACCAUUACCAGACCCAAAUCCACAACCACUGCCAGGCCCACUACCUGACCCAAAUGCACAACCAAAACCACCACUUAGGACACAAGCAGAAAAAGGAAAUGGGGAAGCAAACGUCCAAGAGGAACCCUUGGCAUGAGAUGUUUGGGUACUUAUAUUGCCGGUUGGAUUAAAUAAGUGGUGUGUUGUAACCCACCACCAUCGAGUCAUGCCAUGAUAUAUAAUGUCAAGAUCAAUCAAGAUUAGGGCAUGAUGCCCAUGUAAAUCUUGUCAUUGUUCUUAUUUACUUUUCUGGCUUGUACGGAGGAUUGUAUGUGUGUGCUGGUUGUACUAUGAUCGUGUGAUGAUAUAUACUAAAAUUUCUACUGUGUGCCGUUA